AUGGGCAACCCUGGUGAAUUAUUGGCAACGGAAUCAACACGUUUUCCGAUUAUUCAAAUUGAAGUAUUAGAUGGACCACAACUAGAACUUGUUUGUCGGUCUGAAGAUGUAAAAGAAGAUCAAGAUGUUGUUCGUGAUCGUUUAGUUAUAGAUUAUUGUUUUGUGACAAAUAAUGAUGCAAAUAAUAGUAAUAAUAGUCGUCCACGUUGUUUAACUGGUGGAAGAAAAAAUAUACAAAGUGCACUUGUAUUAACACGUGAUAAAGGAUGUAUGUAUACAUGUUGUGAAAUAAAUGAUUAUAAUAUUGAAAUCAUAUUUGCAUUAAUAUUAAGUGCCGAAGAAAAUUAUCUUAUGACAGUUACAUUCAAAGGUUUUAAAAUCUUUUCAUUUCGAUCACAUCUAUGCAAAACAUGCUUAUUACCUGGUAGUGUACGUAAUAUUAUGAGUGGUUAUAAAUGGUUAACAUAUACCGCAUCAUUUUCUCAGGAUAAUAGAUAUUUGAUAGCAUGUGUUAAGUCAAGUGUUUAUGUGUUUGAAAUUCAAUGGGGUGACUUAAUAGCUUCAUUUGAUUCACAUUUUGGUCGUAUACUUGUUGUAAAAUGUUUAUCAAUUGGUAACAGUGGAAAUAAUUAUGUUAUAACGACUGACAUGGAUAAAACAACAAAAGUAUGGGAUUUACAAAAUGCAAAAGAAAAAUCUAUAUCAAUAGCACAAUUAGAUAAAUGUAUUGAAAUGAUGCACAUAUCAACCGAAACAAAAUUGAGCAUGGCACAAUCACGUAUACAAUUAUGUUUAUUUGAUAUGAGAACUGGAAUUAUGACAGGACAAUUAUCUAUUAAUCUACAUGGAUCAAUUUAUCAAUGUACAGUUUUGUGUGCAAAUGGUUUAUUUGCAGCAUCAGCUGAAUCAUAUAAUUUUGUAAUAUAUGAUAUUGAAGAAAGAAAAGCAUCAUUUAUAACACCAUUAAAAAGUGUUUUUCAACUUCUUCUUCAUUCGGCUGAAACAAUGGUUUUAGUUUUAACUACAGAACCAGUUGCACCAACAACUAUUUCAAGUGCAUUAGUUAGUACACCAAUGAAUACUAGUUCAAAUGGUCAAACUGUUCGAGCUAUUUCAUAUGGAAUACCUGAUGGUGAUAUUAUUUAUGAAAUUGUAGCAAAUAUGAAACGUUCGAAUCAACCAAAAAACUUUAUAUGUACGGCAGAUGAUAUGUAUUUUGUAUUUAUUGAAGAGAAAAAACAUACUGAAAUACUUGCAUUAUAUGAUCCGAUGACUGGUGAACAUGUACAUUAUGUUAAAUUAAGUUAUCCAGCUUAUAAAGAGAUUACUUUAAUGGUUACAAUACCGAAACAACCUUAUCUUAUUGGUUUAAUUGAUUCUGAGAAAGGAAUUGUUAUGAAUGUUAGAGAUAAAAAAGUAAAGAUUUAA